AUGCUGCUUCCAAGCCGAGCGAAGAUGACCGACAUCCGCAAGAAGAAUCUGCCGUUGCUGGAUAGGGGCCUGAACAAAAGGGACCGUCUUUUAUCACCCAGGAGGAUUGGAAGUACAUUCCUCAGCCACCGUACCCAGCAAGCUUACUCCAGCAGCCCUAUCCCAAAAGUUACGAAACACCAACCUUUGUUCUUUUCGAUGGAAGGAAAGGAAGCCCAAAGGAACAUGUCAACCGAUUCCUUGAUGCUUUGGGGCCACACGCCGCCCGAGGAGAGGGUUACCACCACGCAGCUCAAUAACACUCGCCAAAAGCAAGGGGAGGAUCCCGUGGACUUUGCGAGAAGAUUCCGGGACUUGGCUCUCGAUUGCUAUGACGAAAAGGGUGAAGAGGCACUUGUUGAGAUUUGCAUCAGCAACAUUAUAGCAGACUAUAGAGUGUACUUGGAAAAUAUUGGCAUCAGUCAAUUUUCCCGGCUGCUGGAAGUAGUAAGAAAGACGAGCAUGUCUGUCAAACCGGCUGGACAAAGAAGUUGGAGGAGUGAGAAGAAGGAAUCACAUCAGAUGUUAGCCACAGACGAUAAGCCAUCUAAUGACUACAGCACACGCAAACGAAAGGAUAGGGAGACAUAUCCGCCAUUACCUUACAAAGAUGAAGAGUUUCAAACCCCUCAAGCCCUACAAGGUUCCCACCAGGAAAGAAAAGAGUAA